UGUUGCAGGAUCAUGGGGGAGAGUCCGUACAGCCUUUCCCCGCCAGCGUCCUCGCUCUUUGGCUCCUCGAGUUAACCUGGUCGUUUGCUACCGCUGAGGCCGAGUCUGCCGACGGAGGGACCCGCUCGGCGGCUCCUGGGUCCCUCUGUCUCAUUCGUUGGUGUGGCCCUGAUGGUGCGCCAGGCUCCGGACUCCUGAAUCUGUGGCGCGAAUUUAAGAAGAUUUUGUUCACGUGUAUGGCAUAGAAGAUGAAUUCGUCCUCCUCCACGAUGAAUGAAGAACCUGAUGCUCUCUCGGUAGUUAACCAGCUCCGGGAUCUAGCAGCAGAUCCAUUAAAUAGAAGAGCCAUUGUCCAGGACCAGGGAUGUCUCCCUGGCCUUAUUUUGUUUAUGGAUCAUCCCAACCCCCCAGUUGUCCACUCAGCUUUGCUCGCUCUUCGGUACUUGGCAGAAUGCCGUGCUAACAGAGAAAAGAUGAAAGGAGAACUGGGGAUGAUGUUAAGUCUGCAAAAUGUUAUACAGAAGACUACCACUCCAGGAGAAACAAAACUGCUGGCUUCUGAAAUUUAUGACAUUCUUCAGUCUUCCAAUAUGGCAGAUGGUGAUAGUUUCAAUGAAAUGAAUUCACGUAGAAGGAAAGCUCAGUUUUUUCUGGGAACUACAAACAAACGUGCCAAAACAGUGGUUUUGCACAUAGAUGGUCUUGAUGAUACGUCUCGGAGAAAUCUCUGUGAAGAGGCUUUGUUAAAAAUUAAAGGUGUUAUUAGCUUUACUUUUCAAAUGGCUGUUCAAAGAUGUGUGGUGCGGAUCCGUUCAGAUUUGAAAGCUGAGGCUUUGGCGUCAGCAAUAGCAUCGACCAAGGUUAUGAAGGCUCAGCAAGUUGUGAAAAGUGAAAGUGGUGAAGAGAUGCUGGUCCCAUUCCAAGAUACGCCUGUAGAAGUUGAACAGAACACAGAACUGCCUGACUACCUGCCUGAGGAUGAGAGUCCCACAAAGGAACAAGACAAAGCAGUGUCCCGGGUCGGCUCACACCCAGAGGGUGGAGCCAGCUGGCUCAGCACAGCUGCAAACUUUUUAUCCAGAUCAUUUUACUGGUGACUUCACUUUGGGUCUCAAGGACUGUGUGAACCAACAUGGGGCCAGUUUUCCAUUGUUGUGGUGAACUGUCAAGUGCAAUUUGCAAUAAGUUAUCAUGAAAAGUUUUUAGAUUACAUGAUUGCGUAUGCUGCAUUUUACAUUUUAUUGGACAUUUUGCCCCACUCAGUGGUAAAAAGGACAGAGUCUACAGGUGGAUAUCUUUGUUGAUGAAGGUAUUUUGGUUUUGUUUUCCUUUAUUUGCCUCACUUUAAAAAAAAAAAUGGGUCCACUGUUAAACCAAACAUAUAUAUGUGUGCAGCUUUACAUUUUAUUUUACGUGAAGCACAUGAUUAGGAAAACUCAUUUUCUCCUCAAGCCUCAGGACCUAUCUGAAGAAAAGUUUAUUAUUAUUUUUUU